CCAUAGCGAAUCAUGUCGAUAACGGCAACGCCUCGAACGAGCCAAUCGCAGGAGCGCUUGGUGCCAUUUAAACAGUGUGGCGUCAUCACCGCAAAAUUCAAAUCUUACUUUGAGAUAAUACGUGUAGAGGUGGAUCCCACGGUUUGUUGAGAAGAUCGUGUGAAAAGCCUACAGAUGGCACAGUUUGGGUUCGACAACGACAUCCACAGCAUCUUGAAGCUGGACAUGCCCAUCACAAACGGCCCCAUGGCCAGGUGGCAGAGGAAGGCCAGUUCAUCCAACGCACCGGCCCCAAACGGUUUGUCGCCUGGGAAAUCUGCCAAUGUGUCGCUGAGUUCGUCCAAAACUCCGGGCAAGACGCCAGGCAAAAAUAAGAAACAAACUCCUUCUAAGAUGGGGGGCGACCGUUUCAUUCCCACCAGAAACAGCAAACAAAUGGAUGUGGCAAGUUUCCUGCUCACAAAGGAAAAUGAGCCAGAAGAUGCAAACGAUGCAGGAGUUUCAUCAGAAAACCAGAAAGCCUGGUCUGUUUCUCUAAACGGAUACAACAUUGAAGACGCAAAGAUUUUACAUCUUGGAGGGAAACCCCUAAAUGCUCCAGAGGGUUAUCAGAACAACUUGAAAGUCCUAUACAGUCAUGUUGCAACACCGGCUUCCAUCAAAAAGACCAGAUACAUAUCAUCAACUCCUGAGAGAAUUUUGGAUGCUCCUGAUCUAAGAAAUGAUUUCUAUUUGAAUCUUCUUGACUGGAGCAGUAGAAAUCUUCUUGCUGUAGCACUGCACAACAGUGUUUACCUGUGGGAUGCCACUCAUGGCGACAUCACUCAUCUUAUGAAAAUGGAGUCGGAUGAGGACCACAUCUGUUCACUGUCCUGGACCAAAGAGGGACGCUACCUCGCUAUUGGCACCAGUGACGGCAAUGUGCAGCUGUGGGAUGUAGAAAACCAGAAGCGCUUACGCUGCAUGGCCAGUCACGUUGCUAGAGUUGGCAGUUUGAGCUGGAACGAUUACAUUCUCUCCAGUGGCGCCAGAUCAGGACAAAUCCAUAAUCAUGACGUAAGGCUGGAAAACCAUCACAUCUGCACACUCACUGGCCACUCACAGGAGGUCUGUGGGCUGAAGUGGUCCCCUGAUGGGCGGUACCUGGCCAGCGGAGGCAAUGAUAACCUGGUGUUCGUGUGGCCUUGUGUGUCACAAGCCAGUGGUAGAAACAUCCAGCCAGUGCACAGCUGGAGUGAACACCAAGGAGCUGUAAAGGCAUUGGCUUGGUGUCCAUGGCAACCUAAUAUUCUUGCUUCUGGGGGUGGUACCAGUGACCGUCACAUCCGAAUCUGGAAUGUAAACAGUGGCUCAUGCAUCAGUGCACUUGACACUCAGUCACAGAUCUCAUCCCUGAUGUUUGCACCAAACUACAAGGAACUUGUCUCUGCUCAUGGAUUUGCUCAGAACAACAUUGCAAUCUGGAAAUAUCCAUCUCUCUCAAAAGUUGCAGAGCUCAAUGGCCACGAGGACAGAGUUCUCAAUCUGACGCUCAGUCCAGACUGCUCUACCAUUGCGUCGGUUGCUGGAGACGAGACCAUUCGUCUGUGGAAGAGCUUUGAAGUGGACCCUGUUAAGAAGAAGGUCAAAGAGCGUACGAUCAAAUCAACGAGCAGUGUCAUUCAUCAGUCCAUCAGAUAAUUUCCUGUUCUAUUUUUUUGACUUUUGUGAUUUUAUGAUUAAAUUUAUGGCAGUGUUUUAUUUAAUCAACAAUAAAGAGUUCCACCCAGUGUUUUAGUUAUAGCUGGCAUCUUACUGCUGGGGAAAUAAUGGGUUUUAUUGUUUAUACAGUUCUGCAAAUGUGAGAAUGAAACUUAACUGUCUUUUGAGCAGUAAUGGUUUUAAAAUGUAUUCAUUACAUUCACUUAAUUGUUUAGUUGAUUGUAAUCCAAAACCACUGUACAGGGGUUUGAUAAAUAAACUGUUUACCAUGA